AACUCUUUGGGGCAACAGAGGAGGCAGCGGGCGGAUCGUCGAUGCGCAUUUUGGGGACGAAAAGAGAUAAGUCACCCCGAACAGACUCGCAGGAAUCAUGGGGAGUGUGUUCCUGCCGGCGGACGCGGCCCACUCGGUGCUGCGACGGCUGCGCAGGGCCAACUUCCUCCUGGAGGAGAUGAAGCAGGGCAACAUCCAGAGGGAGUGCCGCGAGGAGAUCUGCACCUACGAGGAGGCCCGGGAAGCUUUCGAGAACGAGGAGAAGACGAGGCGGUUCUGGGAUGAGUACGUCCGGGAGAGCAGUCCGUCAGGAGGUCUGGAGACGGUGGUGGGAGGAGUCCACUCCCUCUACCUGAUCGUGCCGCUGCUGCUGGUCGUGCUCAUCAUCGCCGCCGUCGCCAUCACCGUGUGGCGAUGUCACUCCCGCAAGCGCUCGCAGCGCAGCCCCAGCCUGGGACACUCGCACCACAACCACGUCCUGUCAGUGGUGUCCAUGGACCAGUGGGGGCGGGAUUACCACCACGGUGACCAAUCAGAACUCAGCGUCCACAGCAGCCCAGCUUACCCGGGCUCGGAGCUGACGUCGGGGAGAGGGAGCGCCGGAGACCCGCCGCCGUCGUACGAAGAGGCCGUGGGCCACACAGACGUCCAGAUAGAGACCGAGCCUCCUCCGCAGUACGACGACAUCAUCAACACCAGCUCCACCAGCGUCAGAGGAAAGUAAACGUGUCUCUAACCACCACCCAACAGAAGUCCUAACCACACUAAGACCAUCUUAUUGUUUAGCAGUGCUACUGCUGUGGUAUCACCAGCCUUCCCCAUUCCACACACACACACACACACACACUAUUAACUGCCGGGUCAGUGGACUAAUGCAAUCAUUGCUGGAGCCAGCGCUGUUGAAAUUUGCACUAACCUUUUAUCACUGCGCUGAAGUGAUAGCAGGAAGGAGCAAGUGAUAUUGCAAUACCAAAACCAAUCAGCACCUCUGCUGCAUCUCCUCAUCUAUGCUGUCACGCUGUAGCGGAUCACGUAAGUCAGCGAAGCCUAACAAAUGUUGCAUGUGGUGUGAAAGACGACUGGUUCUCAUUGCCAUAAACGACAAACGACUUUUCUACGUGUAGGCUGAGGUCAGACUGAUGCUUCACUGACGGUUAGUGCCAAUUUUUUUAGACUUUCGAGGGCAACAUCGGAUAUUUUGUACCUGUUUUUAAUAUCUUUGACCACUUUGUUGUCAAGACAUAGUAUUUAUGGUUUCCAUUUUAAAGUUUGUAUAACGGAAAUGUUCAGAAACAGCAUUUCGACCACAGAACAUGAACUUCCAGACGACAUAAAGUUGCAUUAAGACAUUUGUGAUCAUCAAGAGGCAAGAAAAGAUCUAAAACUACUUAAGAAUCACUUUUAAAUAUCAGAUAAUCACAUAUUCAGAAAGAGAGCAGCAUGAGUUUGUCACCAACUGGUUCAAUAUUUACUCGUUAACUCUGGUUUAAUUGAUCCGUUGGGAAAAAUGAGUCUUUAGGUGCCACCAGUCACGUUUUUACUUCAGAUAGCAUGAACCCGGUUUGUCUGAGCGUAUUAACUGACCGUUCCACAUUACCACCAGUAAUUUAAUUCUUUUUUUUUGGUGUCAUAAAUAUGCCUUAAUGCAGAUUUAAACAGUCACGUUGCCAAAUCACUGCAUCAGUCUGACCUCAGGAUACACUAGUGAAUGUUUUCGGGGGAUUAGGGUUUGAGAUAAGGGCCGUGGGUAUAAAAGGGGCGCUGUUUGUAAAUGCGUGUCACAUGUGCUUAUAUCUCGGUAAUGCAUGCAGCUCGGCCCCGACGCCAGCUGGGAUCUGUCUCUGCACCGUUGGUCAGGACUCGCUGGUCCACUUGUGGGCCGCUGACAGUUGCUCAGAACCUGCUUUAACUGUGAAACACCCUCCUCCCUUUUUUCCCAUAAAGCAAAUGCGUCUUCUGGAUCCUUCUUGCUGUGCCACUUUUCACAGGAAUGUGGGGCAGAAAGCAGCAGAGACCGGAGCUUUUGGGAAAAAAAGAGUUAUCGGGGGAAGAUUAUGUAUUUAACGUCACUACUGAUGAAGUCCAUGUUUAGCAUGUAUAAUGCACCUCUAUAUAAAUAUGUAUAGUCUGUAUGCGUGGAAGUUACAGUGAGAUUGUUUUUUUUUACUGCAUAGGAAUGCAGUGAAUGCAUCGGUACUAAUGUAACUAUACUAGAGUAAGUUGUGAAUAAUGAAGGCACUUUGUGUUUAACCUUAAAAUAAGGUGUUUAAAGCCUUAAAGGGGACCUGCUAUGCACAUUUCCACCUCUAAAGUUCUAUUCCGAGUAGUUUAAAAACAAAAAAAACCCCUUUAUUUAUCUUAAAUUUGCCAUUUGUGCAACCAUUCAGUUUAUUCUCUGAUUUUUUUUUAGCUCCUGUCUCUUUAACGCCUCAAUCCCUCUUCUGAUUGGCCGAAUUCUGGAAGCCUGCUGAGGGUCAGCAACCAGUGCUUUUGAGCUGGGUGUGAAGAAAACAAUUAAAACCAGCAUUCAGAGCAGUUUGAAGCUGAGGUUUUGGCUCACAGGGGUUAAUUUACACACAUUUACGUCAUUAUUUGAAACUUUAAUAUAAACAUCUGCCAACGUUGUAACAUCAAACCUUUUCGUAUGUGACAGAAAUUAAGUAACAGCAUAGCAGGUCCCCUUUAAUGACCCGUAGGACGGUCUGGUUUGACGUCUUCAGCGUCACUCUCAGUAAUAACGAUGUCACUGUCAUCAUCGGAAAAAAGUGCUCAUAAACUAUAUGCAAUGUUGCUGCAUACACUCUAAAACCAAAUAUAUCUGUCUAAUUUUCACACUGACGCUGAUAAAUGUCACAUAUUUCCCGUCUACACCUCACAGACGUCGAGCACUGAUUAUUAUUAUUAUUAUGCUGUACUUUUUUGUGAGUUGACCUGUGAACCUCAGCACUUGCGAUGAUACAGAAGUGAGUUGUGCUGGUAGAGGUAGCCAUUUUGAUUAGGUCAGUUGUUGUACUGUUACUUACAGAGCCCUGUUUUUACAAUGCCUUAUCAAACAAAAUGUUAUAUAACAUUAAACGCAAGGGAACUUGUUAUAAAUCCUCGACUUGUGCAAAAGCUUGAAUUAAUUUGUAAUAAAAGCAUUUAAAAUGUG